AUGCAAAUUCAUCAACCUCACCCAGAAUUGCCGCUUCAUAUCCAUCUGCGCAGUUCACAGUUGAACCAGCAGCGACUGUAUCACGGCUACCCGAAUUUUGCGCGGACUGAAUACGCAUUGGGCCGGAAGUUGCUGGAUAGUCUCAUAUAUACCAGCAUUCUCUAUUGGCCUCCCGUACGUCUAGAUCAUCCUGACGAGAUGGAGAUUUGGAUCAUGUUUAGUGUAGACUAUCUAUUGAAAGCGAUUGUGAUGUGGCGGACUGGUUGGACGGGCAAAGCACCAGGGAAGUGCCAACAUAAGAGAUUUAGUUUGUCUUGA